GAGGGCGCUCUAUAGCGACUCGCACCGCGCCGACUUUCAGCCAAUUUGAGAAGACUGCAAGGACUUCAAAGUUGAAGGGGCCACCGGGGCCAGCAAGAUAUCUUGGAAGGGCAUUGCCCAGAUCCUCUAGCCCGACACGCGGCUGAUGUUGGGAGUUGCGUUUUGAGUCAGAGACAAGAUCCUCAAACAAAUCUGUCGCUCUGAGAUUGGGGAUUCGGGAAACAUUGGAACAGGCUUACUGUGAGCAAAAUGGCAGACAAGAAAAUCUGCCGUUUGGUUUGCACAGAUACAGGGACGAGUCUGAAACCUGUAGUAUUGACCAAUCAGGAGGCAGUCGUUCUAGGGCGAUGUCCCGUCACGGGAAUAUUGGACAAGAAGUUGUCACGGCAACAAGUGGAGGUAAAGGCGGAUUUCGAGUGCAGAGUUUUGCAUCUUAAACAGCUCAGUUCAAGUCCAUCAUUAAUUGAUGGAUCGUCUUUAAUACUGAAGGACCAAGAAACCACCAUUCCAAAUGGCGGCCGGUUCCAACUUCUCAACAACAAGUAUGAAUACCGAGUCAUCUUCCCGACCCCUCCAGCCCUGGAAAGCAAGCCCAAGCCCAGCCCCACGGGAAACAGCAGUGGAUCAACCGCCAAGCGAGCCAAAGGCGACAUUACAGACUUCUUCCAAAAGAAGCCAACAAAAAGGCGGAUCUCCGAAGAGGAGCCGUCUCAUCAAGAGGCCAAGAAGAAAGCAAAGCUUGAUGGUCCCACGAAAGUGACCUCAAAGAAAAAUUACAGAGGGACGGUCAGUGACAGUGAGAGUGAGGAUUCGCUGGACUCCAAAGACUUGAACAUCAUCCAGGAGACAUCUUCUAAGAAAAGGACCCAGCAACAGAAAGACUAUAAGGGAGCUGUGAGUGACAGUGACGACAGUGACGUCGGCAACAAGCAGCCUUCGACAAACGCACCAGGAAAGAAAAACUCUCACGCAGGAGUUAGAGACAGAGAUGGAGGAGAUACUUGCAAAGCUGAGAACUCAGUCGCAGCGAGAACACCUUUGAAUAAUAAAGAUUUUAAAAAGGCAACUUCUAAGGAUUACAAGGGAGCAGUCAGUGAUAGUGAUGAUAAUGACAGUGAUGGAUUGUCAGGAGAUAGAGUUCUGUCCGUCAGCAAAGUCAGCAAAGCGGAAACUCCAAAGGUCACAUCACUGAAGAAGUACCAUGGAGAAAUCAGCGACAGCAGUGAUGAGGAUGACAAUAAACAGGACCCUGAGUCGUCAGCCGUCAAGGCCAAACUGACAGCUCUACAGCAGAAUGCCAAACGUUAUCUGGCAAAGCAGUCUGCUGAUCGCCCGGAGACAACGCACCCCGACAGCUUGCCGCUGGCCACAAGCGGCACAGACGGAGCCGCUAACGCAGGGAAGCAAUUAGGGAAGCCUGCAGCCGAUUCCAAGUGGGAGGAGCAGGGGAAAUUGGUGGUGUACACAAGCCAGGGAGUGCAGGCCAGCAACAAGAUUGCAGGAUUUGACCUUGAUGGAACAAUCAUUACCACAAAGUCGGGAAAAGUGUUUGCUACAAGUGCUGACGAUUGGAGAAUUGUGUAUUCUGAGGUGCCGAGGACAUUAAAGAAACUGCAUUCUGAUGGAUACAAGGUUGUGCUGUUUACAAAUCAGCUCGGCAUCGGUAAGGGCAAGCUGAAAUUGGCUGACUUUAAACGGAAGGUUCUUGGAGUCCAAAGCAAGAUAGGAAUUCCCAUGCAGGCUUUGAUAGCAACAGGAGAAGGAGUUUAUCGAAAACCACAGACUGGCAUGUGGACCCAUCUAUGUAACCAUGGCAACGAUGGGAUUCAAGUCCACACAACAUCUUCUAAAUACAUCGGAGAUGCCGCAGGUCGGCCAGCUGACUGGGGCCCAGGAAAGAAAAAAGAUUUCUCUUGCAGCGACAGAUUGUUUGCUCUGAAUGUUGGCGUGUCUUUCCACACUCCGGAGGAGUUCUUCCUGGGCCAGAAGAAGAAUCGUUUUAGUCUUCCAGAAUUUGACCCUAGGAAGUUAUCAUCUGCUGGUCCUUUGCUGUCUCCACCUCAGGCACAGAUUCCUGCACAAGGGCAUCCUCAGGAGGUCAUCAUUCUGGUAGGAUUUCCUGCAUCUGGCAAGAGCAGCUUUGUCAAGAAACAUUUGCUGCCACACAAGUACGUGCACAUCAACAGGGAUGCCAUGGGAACCUGGCAGAAGUGUGUGGCUGCUACUGAGUCUGCCCUGGUCAAAGGUCAGAGUGUGGUCGUGGAUAACACUAACCCUGAUCCUGAGUCAAGACAGAGGUACACCGCUUGUGCUAAGAAGGCCAAUGUUCACUGCAGAUGCUUUGUCCUCAAUGUCAGCCUUGACCAUGCCCGUCACAAUGAAAAGUUUCGACGGAUGACUGACUCCGCCAAGAACCACGCCCAGAUCAGUGAGAUGGUCUUCCACUCCUACAAGAAAAAGUACACGCAGCCAACGCCUGCUGAAGGCUUUGAUGCCGUCGUCAGGGUGAACUUCCUGCCGUCGUUCUCUAACACUAAGGAGGAGUCACUCUACAGGAUGUUCUUGCUGGAGAAAUGAGGACUUGGUAUUGAACUCGGAACUGUACGAUUGAAAAUGAACCUGGUUACAUGAUUGGCCACGGGUGAUCUAGGAACAAGUUGGAGCAAGAACUUUGGUUAACGAUGGAUUGACUUUCUUUGCUGGAGUCCACACUAGUCAACUACAGCGUGUGUCAAUAAAAACCCAGGAUUCAAAGCGAUUUUUUUCUGAGAAAAUUAUGCUACUGGUGUGCCUAAUUUGAUAAGGAUUUGAUCGUCCAUAAUU